CAGUCUCCAGGUCUAAGUUGCUGAGUCAAGAGUGGAUUGAUCCGACUGUAGGAAACGCCUUUGAGAAGCAGAUUCCUCACCAUUUCUGUGGAAAUUGGGUAGACGGAACCCUAUGGAUGACCUGACUGUCAUGGCGCCUGAAGACCUUGAUUCCGAGGACAAGGAGGUGUUAAGCUGGGAUAUUAACGAUAUGAAACUGCCACAGAAUGUGAAAAAGACUGACUGGUUCCAGGAAUGGCCCGACUCCUACGAGAAGCACAUCUACAGCUCAGAGGACAGGAACGCACAGCGGCACCUGAGCAGCUGGGCCAUGCGCAACACCAACAACCACAACUCCCGCAUCCUCAAAAAGUCCUGCCUGGGCGUGGUGGUGUGCAGCCGUGACUGCUCUGCUGAGGAGGGCCGCAAGAUCUACCUGCGACCCGCCAUCUGCGACAAAGCCCGGCAGAAGCAGCAGAGGAAACGCUGUCCAAACUGCGACGGGCCUCUGAAGCUCAUUCCUUGCCGAGGCCAUGGGGGCUUCCCGGUCACCAACUUCUGGAGGCACGACGGACGCUUCAUAUUCUUCCAGUCAAAGGGAGAGCACGAUCAUCCAAAACCAGAAACCAAAUUGGAAGCCGAGGCAAGAAGAACAAUGAAAAAAGCACAUGCAGCGGCAUCUGCCUCUGUCCCCUCAAAGCUGAAGGAGAGCCCAGAUACAAAGUCUCUUCCAGGUGAAACCCAAAGUUGGGGAAGUUUUCCUUUAACUUGGUCUUUCCAGGAGGGCGUCCAGUUGCCCGGUAGUUACAAUGGACGUUUAAUAGCUAACACUCCCCAGCAGAAGUCUCUGAAUGAUUGCUUGUUCUUCUCCAAGAGCUGUUGCUUGGGGGGAACCACUGACCUGGCAGACCCCACUUCCACCUUGGGCCCCACUAAGCUCUAUGACAAAUGCAAACUGUCCAGUAGUUGGAUCUGUAAUGGUGGGGACCUGCUUCAUCCUGUUUCCGGAGUUUCUGACUACGGUGAUCGGCAAACAUGGAAUAUAAAUACUGCCUUGGGGAGACAGUCUCUUAAUGACAACUGUUGUCCCAGUUAUCCUUUCCCUCUGACCAGCUGGCCUUAUGACUUCUCCCCUUCCCAGAGCUCUGCAGAACCCUUUCCCCAGCAGAUUCCAGUGGAACCGCCUGUGGCCGAAAGUAGCUGUCGCCCAUUAUGGCCUAAUCCAGGGGGUGAGCUUUAUGAAGAGAGGCUGCAUGUGGAUUUUAACAGCUGCUGCCCUUCCUCCACAUGCCACUCACCUCAGGAAGACCCCUUUCUCCUUACCUACGCCUCCCAUCCCCACCAUCAAUACUCAUUGACAGGCAAGAGCAGCAAAUGGGAUUUUGAUGAAGACAUGAGGGGCGUGGGUUUGGAUCAUUACAGCAAUGAGAUGCUUCUCAACCUCUGUCCUUUAAGAUGAUCCAAACUGAAAACCUUGUACCCUAUUAGCAGGACUACAAUUUAGUGCAGACUCUCUGGAAAACAGUAUGGAAGGUUCCUUAGAAAACUCAAAAGUAGAACUACCUGCACUCCCGUGGUCAUUGCAGCAGCAUUCACAAUAGCCAAAGUAUGGAAACAGCCUAAGUGUCCAUCAGCAGAGGAAUGGAUAAAGAAAAUAUGGUGUGUGGUAUAUAUUUAUAUAUAUAUAUAUAUACACACACACACACACACACACGCAUAUACAGUGGACUAGAUUACUCAGCCUCACAAAAGUGAGGAAAUCCUACCAUUUGCGACAACAUGGAUGGACCUUGAGAACAUUAUGUUAAGUGAAAUAAGUCAGACAGAAAAAGACAAAUACUGUGAACUCAUUUACAUGUGGAAUCUAAAAAAAACCCAGACUCAUAAAAACAGAUCAGAUUGGGGUUGCCAGAGGUUACUGGGGCAGGGCGGGAGUCAUGGUGGGGAAUUGGGUGAAGGCAAUCAAAAGAUAACGAAACUUCCAGUUUUAAGAUAAAUGUACAUUUAUGUAAUUUUGGAAGCUGUAAUGUACAACAUGAUGACUCUGGUUAGCAAUAUUGUAUUGCAUGUUGGGAAGUUGCUGAGAGAGUAGAUCUUAAAUGUUCCUACAAUGGGGAAAAAUGUGUAAUUAUGUGAAGCAAUGGAUAUUAACUUACUGUGGUAAAAAAAUUUGGCAGUAAAUACAUAUAUCGGGUCAUUAUGUUUUACAUCUUAAACUUACACAAUGUUAUAUGUUAAUUAUAUCAAUAAAACUGGA